AUGGAUGAGAGCAACCAUGAAAUGGUUAAUCUUUUAACACAACAAAUGGGUACUGUGUUUAAUCCAUUAAUUCAGAAUACCAACGAGAGUUAUCAAAUGUUGGCAUUUCAAAUGAGUCGAAUUGCAGAUUUUUUUGGGACACCCCCACCACCUCCUAGAGUAAAUCCCAUUACUCCACAAGUUAAUCAAAUGCCUCAAUUAGUAAAUCAAAACCCUCCUGUUAUGAACCCAAAUCCACAAGUGGUACAUCAGAACCCUCCAGUGGUAAUGGUUAGGAGGAACCAGGAUCCUGAUGAGGUAGUGCGAGAGGUGCAAAACAAUAAUUUGCUUGGCCAACACAAUUUGGCUAACAUGGUCGAAACGAUUUUGGCCCAGAACGGCCUAAACACGGGUUGUCGAAGGCCAAACUUUGUCUCUGCCUUCACUGAAUAUGUGCUGCAAACCGAGUUACCAAGAGGUUGGAAAGUCCCAAAAUACACUAAGUUUGCUGGGGAUACUAAUGAAUCAACCGUAGAACAUAUUGCCAGGUAUCUAGCUGAGUCUGGGAAUUUGGCGAAUAAUGAAAAUUUGCGAAUGAAGUAUUUUCCUAAUUCGCUUACCAAGAAUGCAUUUACUUGGUUUACAACUUUGCCUCCCAAUUCGAUCAAUAGUUGGGCCCAAUUGGAAAGGAUUUUCCACGAGCAAUUUUAUAUGGGCCAAACCAAGAUAAGUCUGAAAGAGUUAGCCAGUGUAAAAAGAAAAAACCAAGAGUCAAUUGAUGACUAUUUAAAUAGGUUUCGUUUGCUGAAAUCAGACAUGUCACAGUUGGCUGACAGAGUGAGACAAAUCGAAAGGUUAAAAGCUGAAAAAGUUAGAAAUUCUAAGUUUCAGAAAAAGAAAGAAAUAGGUUUUGUUGAUUCCUAUGAUAAUGAAAUCGAUUAUGAAAUGAGUGAUGAAUACUUAGAUUUCGAUGAUAGUGAUAUUAAUGUGGCUGAAUUAAAGCCUGGGCCUCCUUACACUUGCAAAUUGUUGAGGCCGUCGAAUGGAAAAAAUCCUAUCGAACCAAAAAAUGAUAAGUUUGUUACAAAGACUUAUACUUUCGACAUUACUAAAUGUGAUGAGAUUUUUGAUUUAUUGGUGACUGACGGCCAAAUUAUUGUGCCAAAAGAUAUGAAAAUACCACCAAUAGAACAAAGAAAGAAAAGAGGUUAUUGUAAGUUUCAUAAUUAUUUGGGACAUAAAACUUAUCAAUGUGUUGUUUUCAGGGAUUUGGUGCAAAAAGCGCUGAAUGAAGGAAGGCUGAAGUAUGCUGAUAAGGCAAAGCCUCCAAUGAAGGUAGAUUCAGAUCCCUUGCCACCUGCAGACGCUACCUAUGUCGAAGUCUAUGACUGCAACAUGGUUGAAAGUCUCGCAUUGAGUAGAGAAAAGUGGUCUUUGAUAGCUGGGAGGCUUCCAGGACGAACGGACAAUGAAAUUAAAAACUAUUGGAAUUCUCAUUUGUGCAAAAAAGUUAAUCAAAUAGGGGAAAAACCAGAAACUUCCACUGCACAAGAAACUACAGCUCAGGACAAUGUUGCUGGGGAUAGUGGUAUGUUAGAGAAUAAAGAUUCAGUUAAUGGAAGUAUUGAUUCAGAUGUUAUCUUUGAUGUGAAUGAAUUUUUAGACUUUUCUACUGAAGAAUCAUUUGAAUUUGACUGGGUGAAUAAAUUCUUGGAGUUAGACCAGAUUCAGUUUAUUGAGAACACAGAAAGAUCUGAGUGAGCAUUGUUUUUUUUUGUUAUUUGCUGUUAUUCUAAUUUAGAACUAAUGCUUGUUAUUAAAGUAAAUAUGUAAUGAAUUGUGUCAAAUAUAAUAUUUGCUGCUUGUUUAGCUUUGUCAAAUUUAUUAGGGGAAUAUUGAUAUUU